AUGAGAUUGAAAACAUCGCUGUUAAAGGAAUCCAACCAUAAAGAACUAGUGAGUUGUGUUGGCUGGACCACAGCAGAUGAACUGUUCUCAUGCAGUGCGGACCACCAGAUCCUCAAAUGGAACCUUUUGACCAGUAUGAGCUGUUUGGUUGUCAAAUUGCCAAAUGACAUUUACCCCACUGAUCUACACUGGUUACCCAAAACUGUUGGUGGCUUGAGACAGACCCAGGCUGAGAUCUUUGUCCUUACCAGCACUGAUGGAAAGUUCCACCUAGUCUCCAAGAUAGGACACAUCGAGCAGAGUGUUGAAGCACACAGAGGAGCUGUUUUGGCUGGAAGAUGGAACUAUGAUGGGUCUGCUCUCGUCACAGCUGGAGAAGAUGGGCAGAUCAAAAUGUGGUCAAAAAGUGGUAUGCCUUGCUCAACACUAGCCAGCCAAGGGUCUGCUGUGUAUUCUGUCACCUGGAGUCCAGACUCCAAACGAAUUCUCUACACAUCAAGGGGAUGGUUAUUCAUUAAGCCUCUGCAACCCAGCGAAAAAGUCAUACAGUGGAAGGCUCAUAAUGGGAUUGUCCUGAAGGUGGACUGGAAUUCAGCUAAUGACCUUAUACUAUCAGGUGGAGAAGACUCUAAAUAUAAGGUAUGGGACAGCUUUGGCCAUCUGCUUUAUUCCUCGUCAGCGCAUGACUACCCAAUCUCCUCUCUGUCCUGGGCACCAAAUGGAGAAGUGUUUGCCGUGGGCUCCUUCAAUUCCCUGUGGCUCUGCGAAAAGAGUGGAUUGUCCUAUGCGAUGGAGAAACCCAACACGGGCAGUGUCAUCAAUUUGGCCUGGUCUGCAGAUGGCACCCAGUUGGCCGGGGCUUGUGGUAAUGGGCAUGUCAUGCUUGGCCAUGUGGUGGAGCAGCACUGGGAGUUGAAGAACUGUGUGGUCACUCUUACCAAGAAGGGCACCAUGCAGGUGAGGAACGUGAUGAACGAUGCAGUGCACGCAUUGGAGUUUAGAGGUCGAGUCAUCAAAGCCUCACUGGCAUAUGGUCACCUGGUUGUCGCCACAUCCCUCCAGUGCUAUGUUUACAAUUCAAGUAACUGGAAUACUCCACUCAUCUUCGACUUGAAGGAGGGAAAAGUGAGACUCAUCCGGCAAGCAGAGAAACACUUUCUGCUUGUGGAAGGAGCAGGGUUGUAUGUGUUCUCCUAUGAGGGUCAACUGAUAUCUUCCCCUAAAUUUCCUGGUAUGAGAGCUGACAGCCUAAAUGCUCAGGGUGUCUCGCUGAGUAACGACACAAUUGCCAUCCGGGACCAGAGUGAUGAAAAAGUCAUCAUUCUCUUUAAUGCCCUGAGCGGGAAAGCCCUUGGCAACAAGAAGCCCUUGACCCACACGCUGAAGGUGGUGGAGAUCGCUCUGGACCAGUGUGGCCCAUCCACAAAGAGGAAGAUUGCCUUCAUAGACAAGAACUUUGACCUUUAUCUGACUUCCUUUUGUCAUCUUGGACUAAAGUACAAAAUCUGCAAAAUUGGCAGCAUGGUUCACAGUAUGGCAUGGAAUGAUAACGCUAACAUCCUGUGUGGAAUCCAAGACAAUCAGUUCACAGUGUGGUACUACCCGAGUGUUGUAUUCACUGACAAGGACCUGCUGCCAAAAACACUGCACACGAAGGACAGCAGUGAGUUCAGCCUAUGCCCCCACAUUCUGAGCUAUGUUGGAACCAAGGUAACGUUACGCCAAGGAGACGGUUCACUCUUGCACAGUGCCGUACCUCCAUACCCAGCCUUGCUUCAAGAAUACAUUGCAUCUUCACGCUGGGAGGAUGCACUGCGCCUCUGCCGCUUUGCCAAGGACAAAACCUUGUGGGCAUGUCUGGCUGGUAUGUCCUUGGAAAACAGGGAGCUGAACACAGCAGAAAUUGCAUUUGCUGCCAUUGGAGAGUUACCAAGGGUGCAGUACAUUAAAUUUAUAAAGAACCAGCCAUCUAAGGAGUCAUCCUUGGCUCACAUGCUGUUGUUCAGUGGUCAUAUCCAGGAGGCUGAGGCAACUCUGUUACAAGCUGGACUCAUCUACCAGGCCAUACAAGUCAACAUUAACCUUUUCAACUGGGGGAGGGCCAUGGAAUUGGCUCUCAAACAUAAGACCCAUGUAGACACUGUGAUGGCCUGUAGGGAGAAGUUCCUUCAGAAAUUUGGAGAGAAGGAGACAAAUGUGGAAUUCCUGCAGUAUGCUGGAAAGAUUGCGAUAAACUGGAAUACAAUCCAGACGAAGAUAGAGAUGGAGUUGUCCAAAGAAAGACAAACAGCUGCAAAUACCUCUGAUAGGAUUGUUAUGGCCACUCAACAUUAA